GUCACUCUUAGGCGACUGGAGAAGAAGUGACCUCAGCAAAAGGUGGAGGAAGCCCUGGAGAUCUUCGCGUCAGUUUUGAUUAGAAAUCGCUCUUCUUAAAUUGCAACUUUACCGAGCGUUUCUUGCAAUCAGGCCUAUAUCUGGUACUCCGAUUUCAGUAUGUUGCCACACGUGAUCGUGGCGCGAGCAUGGAUAUAUUUGACUGCGUUGUUUGCGGCGUCUUGUGCUUUCAGUGAUAUGGAAUCUGGGCCUGCAAACUCCGCAGCGCAAUCUAACGGAGAUAGGUUCAAAAUAGAAGGCCGGGCAGUCGUGCCUGGAAUUAAAACACAAGAUUGGAUUUCCACAGCUCGAGUUCUCGUGGAAGGAGAAGAGUACAUUGGAUUUUUAAAAACCGACGGCAGCUUUGCGGUGAAUGAUGUGCCCUCAGGAUCAUAUGUAGUAGAAGUUCUGUCGCCAACUUACACAUUUGAACCAGUGCGAGUCGAUAUAACGUCCAAGGGGAAAAUGAGGGCACGGGUAGUGAACCAUAUCAAGACGUCAGAGGUGGUGCGGCAGCCGUACCCGCUCCAGUUGAGGUCCUCCGGGCCCCACUCUUAUUUCAUCAAGCGGGAGACAUGGGGCUGGUCAGAUUUCCUCAUGAACCCAAUGGUCAUGAUGAUGGUUCUCCCUUUGCUGAUCAUUGUCCUCUUACCGAAGGUCAUCAAUACAAAUGACCCAGAGAUGAGAAGGGAGAUGGAGCAGUCGAUGAACAUGUUGAACCCAAACCAGGAGCUGCCAGAUGUCUCAGAGUUUAUGACCAAGCUGUUCGCCAGCAAGAGCCCGGGCAAGUCAAGUGGCAGCAGGGGCGGCAAGAGCGGCGCACUGAAGAGGAGAUAGCAGCGCGUCGUUGCCAUAUCCACCGUGGGCAGUUGCCAUGGAAAUGACUACGCUUUUCUUUUUUUGGUACUUCCGAAUGUGAUGGUAGCUUCCUACCUCAUUCUUUCCCGGCUGCUGAGAGUGUACCAGAGUCAUGAUGUCUGUCCCUUGGAGAUUAACAGUGGGGAAAAAAACUGAAUGUUGGAAGAAAUGCCGUGUGCUCUUUGAUACUACCUUCAUUGUUGUUUUUAUGGUUUUUGUGAACGCCUCGUCCAGUUCAGUUCCCCAUUUACAUUUCUCCUGUGCAUAUUCCCAUUUGCAUGUCUAGCAUUAUUAAAUAUGUACUUCUUUGUACCUCUUGAUCUGUUAAGUUAAAGAUGCUAAUUUGUGUGUUCUGCGAGGAAACUAUUUCCGCAUUGUGUAUAUAUUCAUGCUGCUUCUGGAAUGAAUAUAACUGUACUCACUCUGCACCUACUUGAAUGUGAGCUUGUAUAACAGAUCGAGCUGGCAAUUUGGGAUAGAUAUCUAUUAAUGAAAUAACUUAUUCCUUUUUACAAUGGGGGAAAAACUUAUUUAAAUAAAGGUAACAAAAAUUGA